GGCAGCUCGCGGGGCGCGGAGUAGGCGCUUGGCGGCGGAGUGAGGAGCGGUGUGGGACGGCGUGGGGGUACUCGGAUUCGGCCUUCGACACCCCCGCAUGCGCCGGCCGGCUCGGUAGCGGCGGCCCUGAUGCUGCUGCAGCCCUCGUGCGCCCCGAGCGUGUUCCCGCGGCCGCCCGCCGUCCCCAGCGCCAUGCACGGCUCGCAGAAGGACACCACGUUCACCAAGAUCUUCGUGGGCGGCCUGCCCUACCACACAACCGACGCAUCGCUCAGAAAGUACUUCGAGGGCUUCGGAGACAUCGAGGAGGCCGUGGUCAUCACCGACCGCCAGACCGGCAAGUCCCGCGGCUACGGCUUCGUGACCAUGGCAGAUCGGGCAGCAGCUGAUAGGGCUUGCAAAGACCCUAACCCUAUUAUCGAUGGCCGCAAGGCCAAUGUGAACCUGGCCUACCUGGGUGCCAAGCCUAGGAGCCUGCAGACUGGCUUUGCUGUUGGUGUGCAGCAGCUACACCCCACCUUGAUCCAGCGCACCUAUGGGUCUUGUUAUGCAGCCCAGGUUGCUCUUGAACCUGCAGUGAGCUUCCUUUGGCCUCUUCAGUACUGAGAUCAAAGGUAUGCACUAUCAGGUCUUAUAUAGCCCAGCAGACCUUGACCUCCUGAUUCUCCUGCCUCUACCUCUCUUGCUUUCUGGAGCUGGUUCUUGAACCCAGCCAUAUUCGUGGUAGACAAGCUCUCUACCCCUGGGCUACUCAGCAAUCCCCCUGCUUCCGGAGGGCUAGGAUUUGGGUUUGUUUUGAAGGCAUCCCUCUAGUGCAGGGUUGAGCCAGGUCUUCCCUCAGGACAGCAGCCAUCCAGCCUGAGGCAGUGGAAUCACCUGGACCCCUAGCAUGGGGAGAAGGGCUAAGAUGCCAGAGUGGAAAGUAGAAGUCCUUGGCCUUGGAGUCAGAGGCCGUCAUAGCGUACAACUUUGAAAGUAGCAGGUGGAAUUUGGACAGGCUCAGAUGGACCUGCUGUUCCAGUUGGCUCCCACAAUAGUGUGUCUCCUAUCUGCAUUCACCUGCCCCAACACUCAGCCAGCUGUCUGUGAACCCCAGAGAACCUGGUGUCCCCAUCACAGAGGAUUCCCAGGAGGCCUGCCAGGCUGCCACACACAAGCUACCACCCCACCCCAAGGCUGGGUCUGCUGGUAAGCUGCCAGGUUGCCUCCAGCACCAUGGCAUAAGGCCCUAGGGAGAGAGAAAAAAAAAAGUGAAAUGGGCUCAUUUGCCUUUUUCGCUUUUAUUUUCAGUGGUUGCUUCAUUUUCGGGAAAUGAGCCCUCCUGAGCUGCAGGCACUGUUUUUUCUGAGAGUUGGGCUAUUCAAGGCCUUUACUCACACUGCCCACCCUCUGCUCUGGUUGGUAGCCGUGGUAGCUGUGCUCAAGACGUGGUAGCUGUGCUCAAGACGGGGAGACAGAUGUCUCGUAUGUCACUGCAGAGUUCCCACCCCUUUUCUGGGGUCAACCAGGAGCCCAAGGGAUGCGCUUGUGGCAUCUUGUGUACUAGUUGGGAAACUGAGACCAGGGAAAGGGCAAACAGGUCAUGGGAUCUGGACCCUUAUGCUCCUCUAGGCUGAGUCAGAAGACUCAGCUGUUUGUUACCCUGACUCUGGACUUGGUGUAAGGAGAGGCCACCUCUUCCACUCUUAGUGGUCAGGUUCUCAUGGCUCCACCCUUCAGACUCAGCUGUCAGUCCUGUCAUCUAGCACCCAGAGCAGCCCACUCUGGGUACAUCCCUUCAGCCUCUGGUGGCUUGGUAACUCAGUGCUACCCAGAACCAAAUACCAGUGGGAAGUGCUGGAACCCGCUGCCGGAGUCGAGCAGUUCUUGUCUGGGAGUGAGGAUUGAAAGAAAAAUUAAUAAACCAACACACUGCACAUGGGAUCUUUUCUUGAGGGCUCUUGUAGAAACUAGUCACCUCACUUUAUUCCAGUAAUCCCUUUUUUAAGUUAGAGCAAAAGCACCUCAGUGCAAUGAAAGAAUUCACAGGGAAGUCAAAACUUCUUUACCUUGACCACCUGUCUGUGUGACUCUCACACAAACAAAAGGUGUGAACUUGACAAGAUAUCCCACCUGCUGUCGCAAACAGAAGGAGAGAGACUUGGCAGUUUAUCACUGACUCCAGUGAAGGCCAGGGUGAAAACAUGUCUUUCCUCGGAAAUCAGAGCAGCCUGGCUAACCAGCAGCUCCCCACAGGGAAGCUGAAUAGUCAUCCUUGCUCUAGCAUCACAUGGAUCUCCCUGGCAGGAGGAGGGUCUCCAGAGCUCUAGGCUUUAGACUUUAGUGGUCUCUGGCCUAGGAACUCUUUUCUUCCGCUGCUACUCAAGGGUGAGAUUAAUUGUCCUGGGCCACCCUGUCUUGAGGAAGGGCAAAAGAUUCCCUGAAGAGAGUAAGUAAAGGGAAUCCUUGGUGUGAGGAGAUGAUGGCAUCUGCUCUCAAUUGAGGCCUGGGUGGGCAGAGCUUGAGAAAGUUGGUGGCAGAGCACUCUAAGCUGGGCGUGGGAGCCACUGGAGAGUGGGUCUCCUGACCUUUAGCUUUUAGCCCCCAAGACCUGGGUAUGAAAAGUGUCUGUUUACUUGGCCUCUCCCCAGUCCCUGAUACGCCAAAGGUAUGGGGUUCCCACAAGGGUGGAGAUCCAGCAGCAUUCUUACCUCUUGGAGUCUGAACAAGCAGCACUGGGGAAGGCUCUGAACACACAUGGCACUUCCAGGCUUUAAGCAGGGAAGUAGGGCUGGGGCCUGUAGCAGAGUGCAGCCUGGGAUCAGGGCGGCCCUUGAACAGGGCUCGGAGCUAGAACCAGGAGGGUUUUAAAAUACAGAAUGUGACUGUGCAAGAAUGUUCUGUGUUGUGUAGGCCCCUCUAUCACAGCCAUCGCCACCAUUGGCCUGGGUAGUGUCCCACUGCAGUGAGCUUGCCUGGCACUGUAGUGCACGUGGCACUUGAAGCUGGGUAAUUCUGUGUUCCAGGAACUGCCCCAGGUGUUUAGAUGCUAGCUGUGCUCCUGGUCUCUAUCCCUGAGGUAACAGUAGCAUCCUGCAGUGAUGGUUUAGAGCGCAGUUCCGAUGGAACAUGGCCUAGGUGGGCGACUUGGCAGACCUCUGAGCCUCUUUACCUCCCCUAUGUCUAAGACAGGUGUGGUGCCACACAGCACAGUGCUAACUGGCUGAGAACUCAAGGAAAGUAUAGGUGAAUAGGCAGAGAUGUGGAUGUUCUGGAGCAUUCAGGCCAUACAGGAUUGGGCAGAUCCUCCGGGUAGGCAAAGUAGGAACCAGCCCCUGAUGUAAGCACGUGUCCUUGACCUGUGAGUUGGCUUUGCAAGGAGCCUAGGUGUUAGUGAGCCUCUGUUAGCAAGCGCCACCCCUAGAGGGUAAGGGCUCCCACCCAUAUUUAGGGAAGUUCAGAGCGUGGCACUCCAAAAGCCCAAACCGAUGAGAGUGCUUCUGAGUCUUAGGGUAGGUGGGGGCCACAAAGAUAGGGAAAUUCCCCGCUAUUUAUAACACCCAUUAUAGGGGGUCUCCUCCCUCUUACAGGUAGAGGGGCUCUCAACACACACCAGGUAGGGGCACCAAGAUAGGCUGUGCUUCUCUGGGAAGGCCUCAGUCCCAAUUAGGACCCUCCUAUAGUCUCCAUGGCAGGCAUCACAGCACCCUCUACCAGAGCUCUGAUUUCAGGAGGGUCAGGCCUGUGGAGCAGUGCAGGGAGUGGCCCUGGAUCCCAGGCUAAGGCAGGGGGAUGCUCAAGUGCAGGAGUCUUAGGUGCUGUGGGGUCUGCUGCUGUGUAAGUUUUGGUCUUAGCACAAGGGCUUGGGGGUCUGGUAGGCCAGCUGGGUGGUGAUGGGAGCAGUCCAUGAUAGGCAGUCCUAUCAUGCUUACUCCUGCCUGGCCUUCCUCCCUGCUGUGGCCUAGACCCUGCCCUCAAGCCCCACUUUCUAGCAGUACCCCUGAGCUAUGGUUUCUGUCUCUACCUCAUCCUGCAGAGUUCAGCCCAGUGUUCUGCUCAUGGCUAAGUGCUAGCAGGAAUGUGAGAAGGUAUCAUGCAGCUCACGGUAUUGUUUGAAUCCACUUCAGUGCUAUUCCAAUCAAGGAAAUAGGACAGCCAGCAGAGGAGGGUAGACACCUGCCUGGGACUCCUGCAUAGGCUGUUUGGCCCUACAACUGCAGCCAGUUGCCUGUGCAGCAUACAGGCUGCUGCUCACUGCUAGUGCGUGGUGUCCUGGCAAUGUCUGGUUAGCUUCCCCAGCACUCUGAAAAUGAGAGGGCAGCUGUGAGGGUGAUGGGUGCAGAGAUUCCCAGACAGUGUGCGGGCUCACACCUGUGUCGGGUAUGCCUCCUUGCGUGUACCCCAGUGAUUCUCCUAGCUCCACCCCAGCCUUGCCUGUGUCGCUUUAGUAAAUGUGCUCUCAGAUGCUGCUGUGGGGCUGGAGAGAUGGCUCGGUAGAUAAGGUGAGUGGUGUACAAGUGUGAGGACCACAGUUCACAUUGCCAGAACCUAGCAAGAGUCGGGUGGGUCUGCAGCUCACCUGUAAUACCAGCAUGUAGAAGACAAGGGUUCCCAGAGCCAGACCAUAGAAUCUGUGAGCUCUGGGCUCAAGUGAGAGACCCUACUUCAAUAUACACAAUGCAGAGAGUAAUCCAGGAAGUCUCUUCCUGCACAUGCACACCACUCCAGUGGAUCUGUGUGAUGUUCCCUUCUCUGCCACCCACUCUAUGGCCAGCCAGUUCUCCACACACUGAGGCUACGUGUCACUUUUCCAUUUGUGACUGGUGGGUACUCGGAUGCUGCUGUCACUGGUGACUGUGGCUCUUGUUUUUAAUCAUGCACAUGUGCUCCUUGGCCUUUGGACCUCACCAGUGCUGCCUCUUCCCACUGUCUCUGCUGGGCAUUCUCUGCACCAUACCUCUCUGGGGUGGCUGUGGGAAGCCCUGUUGUCGUUAGGUGUACUCGGCCUGCAGUCUGUGCACCUACCUCAUCCUUCACGGUUUUCUCCCUCAAAGUUUUUACUGUGGGUGGUGGCCUGGCCUGUGGUGGGGGCACCUUCACCCUAGAGGGGUGUUGGAAGUCAGUCCACUGGUCCCCUGGCUGUCCUUGAUUAUUCAUGAUCACACACAAGUUGCUGGGACUCAACCUAGCCAUGUCUCUCUGGGAGUGACCUCUCCAUAGAGAUGAGCACAUCCUGCUGCAGAUGAGAGGCCUGGGGGAACAGAAAGACAGCUCUGGGGAGAAGUUAAGCAUUUUCUUAGAGCAAAGCUCUCGAGUUAUGACAGACUCCAGGCCUAUAAAGAUAGGAAGUGAGGCUCCCCACAGCCCAGAGGCACUUGGACACACCAUGAGAGAGCUGCAUGCUGACACCCUUGGUGGCAUCUUGCUAUAACCACAGCCUCUGCUGUUCAUAAGUACCAUCUGCAGGUGUCUGCUACAGAGAGACAGCCCUUCACCCAGUCCUGCCCAGUAUGAGGCUGGCUGUCCAAGCAGACCCAGCAGCAGGUCCAGUUCCCUCUACUUCAUUUUCCUGCUGCCUAGCCUGUAUCUUCUUGUGGUAUGCUAUACUUUCUGGGGGAGACUACAGUCAAGGGCAGUAAGUGACACCGAGUGUAUUUCCAUAGUGGCUGGGGCAUGCGGUAGGAGCUUAGGUGCCCUCCAGCUAUAAGCUGCAGGACCUAUGCAGUCACCUGGCACGGAGCACUCAGCUUUCCUGACUUUAAAAUGGGCAUGUUGGUAGGGCAUCAGAUAAGGCCUCUUGAGCAUCUUGUUUCCCAGCAGAGUACAAGCACACUAGCAGUCCUGUGCCCUCUGUUCUGCAGUGGGUGUACCGGAACCCUUGCUGACAGGGAAGUAGUGGGUGGCUAGGGAGCAGGUGUCACCAGGAUUUGGAGGUACCUGGCACGAGAGCUGCACUAUUCCCCAAAUGUUUUCACAGGCCUUCAUUCAGCUCUGUCCUCAGUCUUGAGUUCUCAGUUUAAACAAAGGCCGUGUGUUUAUACAUUGUACAGUGGGUUCCAUCCUGCAGGAGAUGUGUGGGGAGUGGGGCUCUAGUCUGAGGAGAGGGUACUGUGAGAACUGGCAUUCAGUGGCCUGUGGGGUUGGAGUACACCUGACGUGUUUCUGCAUCUAUGUUGUAGAUGGGUACACAGACUAAGACAGGGUACAGAUCUGCUCUUUGCUCUCCGCUCCCCUGGCCUCCCCACUCUGCCUACAGCUCCUGACACUCUGCUUGGCCCACAGGCUGACUCCCCACUACAUCUACCCACCAGCCAUUGUGCAGCCCAGCGUGGUGAUCCCUGCCACCCCUGUCCCGUCA